AUGGAUUCUGUCUCUGCCAAAAAUCAAAGAGAAAAGCCAGAUGAAGACCUGGGCACAGUUGACCAGCCUCCCACUGAUGAUCAUGCUGGAUACCGGCGUAUCCCUGACAAGUUCCCACCUAUCGCACUACUGAUCCUUGUGGUCGAGCUUGGCGAAAGGUUUACUUACUUUGGCCUCAGUGGUCCAAUGCAAAAUUACAUCAAUAAUCCCUAUGAUCCUUGGUCAGACCUUCCCGGUGCGCUCGGCAAAGGGCAAGCAGUCGCUUCCGCGCUCGGAAACUUCUUUAAAUUCUGGGCUUAUGCCUCUACCAUCAUUGGCGCGAUCGUUGCAGAUCAAUAUGUAGGCAAAUUCAAAGCCAUCACAAUCUCUCUAGGAAUUUACAUCAUCGGAUUGACCGUCCUAGUUGCCACCGCGACGCCAGCUGCACUUCAUAGUAAUGCUAGUUUUGGCGGUUUGAUUGCUGCAAUGGUUAUCAUUGGCCUGGGAACAGGUGGAAUCAAGGCCAACGUGACUCCCAUGUGUGCUGAGCAAUACCAAAAUGCACAAUUGGUUCUGAAGACGCUAAAAUCAGGCGAGCGCGUGGUUGUUGACCCCGAGUUAACCGUGCAGCGACUCUUCAUGUGGUUCUACUGGGUCGUCAAUGUCGGCGCCCUCUCGCCCUUGAUUACUGUCAAUGUUGAGGCUAAGAAGUCUUUCUGGCUUGCAUAUUUGAUUCCAUUGAUCGCGAUUAUUCUCUCGGCUGUUGUCUUCUUAUCCGGCCAAAAGCGAUAUGUCAAGGUUCCUCCACAGGGGUCCGCUAUUAUCGAUGCAUGCAAGGUCUUGAAUAUUGUCCGACAGGAAGAUUUCGAUAACGCAAAGCCAUCAGCUUUGGAGGCUGCAGGCCGUUUGAGCAAGUAUCCGUUUGCCUCUUCACCGCGCUACACGGAUCAGUACGUCUCAGACAUGUUUAUAUUCUUCCCAUUCUAUUUCGUUUGUUGGGUCCAGAUUUGGAAUAAUCUUAUCUCACAAGCCGGCCAAAUGGCAUUGCAUGGAACGCCGAAUGACCUCCUGCAAAACCUAGAUCCGAUCGCCUUAUGUAUCUUUAUUCCAGUGCUUGACUUGGGCCUUUAUCCAUUCCUUCGCAAGUUGAAAAUCAACUUCAGUCCAGUCUGUCGGAUCUUCACCGGAUUUCUGCUAGUCUCUUUCUCCAUGGUCUAUGCCAGCGUGCUACAGCAUUACAUUUAUAUCUCACCGGCAAAUAGCAUACACGUAUGGAUUCAAGCUCCUUCGUAUAUAUUUGUCGCUAUCUCCGAAGCUUUCGUUAUCGUGACAGGCUUAGAACUUGCUUUCACGCACGCCCCAAAAAACUUGAGAUCUUUUGUCUCUGCACUCUUCUGGCUCAUGAUCGGCAUUGCGGCAGCAAUCUGCAUUGGACUAAGCCCAGUAUCUCAAGAUCCGUAUCUUGUCUGGAUGUAUGGAUCUCUAGCCAUUGUAGGCUUCGUAGCAGGGUGUAUAUUUUACCUUUGCUUCAGAAAGAGCGACUCGCUUGAUCCGGAUACUCCAGGACUCAUAGAAGGGGUCCCAGUUCAAGGGCAAGGGGGACGUGUUACUCAUGUUACUGAUUAUGGCAAACAUAGUGAACAGUAG